GACUUCAUCUUUUCGUUGUGCUAUUAAAGAUGAGAAUUAAUACAAUGAAAUCUUGUAUUUCCCAGCACUGAUUGAAAUGGAUUACUAUUUCUCGGGAAAUAAUUUGCAGAGUUUUAAGCUUCCAGAACCUGUUCUUUGCAUUGGUGGAAUAUUGCAGAUUGAGCUGCAGGGUAGAGUCCAAGUACAAGCAGAGGAUGGAUUAUUUUACAUACGUGUGGCUCAUGUUCAAGCUGUAGGACACCCGUUAUCUCCUCCAUUUGGAAUUGAAAUCCUUGAGCCCUCUGGAAAGUUUGUGUUGAAGGUUUUGAGUUGUACACACCCUCCCUUACCUGAGGAAACCCGGGAAGAUGAUUCAGCACAGGGUUUGGAUUGGCAUAUGCGACCAUUUCAACAAAUGAUUGAUUAUCUUCCGGGGAAUGUAGUUGACGUUGGCAUCUGGGAAUAUGAAUUUGAGGGUGAAGGUGGUGGUGAACCAGAUGAAGAGUUCCUCUAAUCAGUCAACUGUCAUCUUGAGUUAAAUGUUUUGGUCUUGCAUGAAUCUGUCUUCCCUCCCCUUUUUUUUGGUAAUGUAAACUUAUGCUAGAAUUUCCUGAAU